AGUCAUUGGCCGUGUUCGAGAAUAUCAAAACCGUAAAGUAUCAUGGGUAAAUGGUGAAUGACUGAUUGAUCUACAAAUAACAAUGAGUCGUUAUUUAUGACGGACGGUGAUUUGUAGAUCAAUCAGUCGGCAGUCUCCUCCACUGUCGGCUGCAAUGUCGAACAAGCCUAUUAAUGUCAACAAACCCCAUAUGAUCGUGCGACGCAAGCACGCUUCCUCGACGCAGCGUCAAAUAUUUUGUGAUGAAGGUAUGAAGGGCAAUCUGUAGCAGUUACAGAGGAGCCCAGGGGGCUGCUACCAGAGCAGUUACACCCAGUGAAGGGAGGGAGAGACCAUGGACCUGAGUGAGAGGACGCCCAACAAGUGGUGGACAGAGUCGGACACCUUCGCCAUGCUGGCCCUCAUCGAGCAGCUUGACCUGGUGCAUGAGCUGGAUAAGAAGCGCCAGCGCAAUGACUCACACUUCCGCCGCCUGCGCUACAGCCUGGCCAAGCGGGACAUCCACUUCACUGUCAACCAGAUACGCAACCGCUGGAAGAGCCUCAAGCACAAGUACCGCAAGAUCAAGAUGGCAGGAUACCGUAGCGCCGCUGCACGCCUGUCCACCAUCGAGUCGUUCCGUUACUUUCGUAUGCUGGACCGCAUGCUGGCCAGGAGGGCCCGGGUGGGGGCCCCAGUGCAAGGCAUUGCAGAUGGACACAAUAUGGUGGUGUUGACCCCUUCAGACCUGGAGGAUCAUACUGAUGGUGAUGUUGCUCAGCCCGAAUCUGUGGCCCCUUGGCAGAACAGCCUGGCUCCAGCUUUAGAGGGAGAAGCAGACGAGACCAAUGCCAUCCCAAUAGAGGCCAACGUCAGCACUCCGGGCUGGGCCUUGAAGUCAGACGAGAUAAUGACUUUGGGUCUAUCUGGAGAGUAUCUUUACCCAGUGAAGAGUGAGCCACAUUCAGUACCCUCUUUACAUGAUGGUGAGGGAGCUAAGGAUCCCACUGGCUGCAGUCCAGAAGAACAAACUGGCACUUGUGAGGACACCAGCACCCUGAUCCUCCAGCAGCUCACCAUCCUGAACCAUCAGCUAGGGGAACAGCUCGCUGAGCAAAGGGCCUUCCACUGCAGCAUGCUGGGUAUGAUGGACCGACAGAUAGAGGUCCUGGAGCAGUUCUCCAACUUCUCCACAGGCCGUCAGGUCAAGACCGAACCCGAUGACAGUAACACUCCUAUCAGCCAGCAGGUCCACAACUCCCUGGUGCGCAUCUUGAGAGGAGUGGAACAGGUCCAAACCCAAGGACACCAGCUGUGCUCAUGCAAGGCCUACCCCUCACAGGCUACAUCUCCCUCCUGGACAGUCUCUCUGUUGGAGGUCCACAAAGAAUCACCCUCCAGGGAUGAGAACUCAACUAGUGACACAUCCAACCCUCAGCCCUCAGACCAUGGGCGUCCUGAACCUCAAGGACCAUCCCCCUCAGAGCAGCUUCCCACUUCCCCACAGAAGGGUGUUCUGCUUAACGGACUCUCAAACAAGUGCCAGCACAACUGAGUGCUCUUGAAGCUUCAUUCUGACAGAGGAGAGCAUACACUCUUAGAAAAAAGGGUUCCAAAAGGGUUCUUCAGUUGUCCCCAUAGGAGAACCCUUUUAGGAUCCCGGUAGAAUCCUUUUUGGUUGCAUGUAAAACAAGUGUGUUCCAUGUAGAACCCUCUGUGAAAAGGGUUCUACAUGGAACCUAAAAAUGGUUUUACCUGAAACCAAAAAAGGUUCUUCAAAGGGUUAUCCUAUGGGGACAGCCGAAGAAUUGUUUCAGGUUCUAGAUAUAACCUUUUUUUUUCUAAGUGUUGAAUAAAAAAAUAUGGGUGCUUACAUUUAUGAGGGACUUGUCAUUUUGAGAAUGUAUUGUUUAAAAAAAAGAAGAAAAAAGGUGUUACUUUGUUUUUUAUUCCAACUUCUCUCUUCAGUUUAAUUUUGUCAUGUCCAAAUGUUUUAAUGUACAGAAGUGAAUAAUCUGAUGUUUUAAUCAGAUAUAUUUUAAAGUCUACAAUCUAGAGAAUUUUGACAAACCUUAGCGCAGAUGUUUAUUUAUUCUAGUCAAGAAGAGAGAUUCCAAUUCGCCAGCAAUCAUCCACUGAAACGUGCUAGAUUCCCCAAAUUCUGUUUAAAUGUAUGUUUCCUUAACUCAUACACAUUUAUGUGGAAGCUGGUCAAGCAAAUGCUUUAUCCAAAUGUCUCCUCUUUUCUAAAUGUUCCUUUUCCUAAACAUAUUGGAUAUUUAGAAACUUCAUUUCUACAUUGAAGACUUGUUUUAAACAGGGACUUUGUAGAACUCCAUUUGCACAGCUGUUUGCAUAGUCGUGGAUACACAUGGCUGCUUUAAUUUAGGCCAGUGAAUGUGUUUUACUUUGCUUUAGCUUCGCUGAAGAUGAGAGGUAGUGUGGAAGUGCAAUAUGGUAAUGAAGUCUACAUUUGCAAUAUCACAAGAGAGUCAUCCAACAUCAUCCAUCACUUAAUUUGUGUCUUGGAAUUGUAUUACUACAUCUUGGCAGUACUGCAAUUUGGCAUGUUUUGCUUGUAAUUUGUUACCUGUCUUAAGCAAGAAUUUUGCUAGGACUGUUUUGGAGUGGUCUGAGUGGGGAGGGGAAAGCUGUUAUUGGCAGAGGUUUGGAAUUUGUGCUGCGUUCAGUACAUUUUUACGUUCUGGAAUAUUCCAUUGAAUGAAAAUGAUGCUGUACUGAACGACUAGUUGAAAACUGGGAGGGGUUGGGGAACGCUGUCAACAUGACCAAUUUCAGGCAGUCUUUUCAAACAGCUCUUACAUUAAAAGUAUUAUCAUGAUUUUCACAAUAUCACAGUAUUAUGCCAACCUCAUAGUGUGAUAAUAUAUAUAUAAAACACAGGUAAAUCACGUUUUUGACCUCACUGCGACUUUUCUCUCCAAAAGUCAUUUUAAUACAUGACUUCCAGCUUCAAUCAGAACUUGUAUCAAGUCCAUUGAUAUUGAGUUAUUUAGUGUAAUGUAUGUGAUGCACCUUGACAUUUAACCUAAUCCAAAUGAGUACAAUAAAAAGAGGCAUACUUGUGAUAGUUUUAUUUAUGGACUGAAAGGUGUCUGAAAAUGUCAUUGAUACUAUUGUAUUUUUAAAAGUGAAGAAUUAAACAUUCACUGUAAUGGAAGGACUGGUUUUAUUUAUGAAUUGCAAAUCUCAUCAGUAGCUUUAGCCAUUUUGGAAUUAGAAAUAAAUGUUGCAAUGUACAUUGUAGGCCUACUUCAAAAGGAAAAUAUGAUGUACAUUUAUUUGAAAUGAAAGCUUUUUUUUUUGCGGGACAGUUAUUUGAGCGCCCUUUUUAAGCAUCAGAUACUCCAAGAUCUCCAGAUUGUUUUGUAGUAUACUCUAAUAACUCUAAGCAAUACCAGAUCCCUGAAUACCAAUAUACUUUUAUCAUAACUGUAAACUCUCCUUCCAGACUCACAUCAAACAUCUCCAAUCCAAAAAUGUAUCUAGAAUUGGCUUCCUAUUUCGCAACAAAGCAUCCUUCACUCAUGCUACCAAACAUACCUUCGUAAAACUGACCAUCCACCGAUCCUCGACUUAGGCAAUGUCAUUUACAAAAUAGCCUCCAAUACCCUACUCAAUAAAUUGGAUGCAGUCUAUCACAGUGCCAUCCGUUUUGUCACCAAAGCCCCAUAUACUACCCACCACUGCGACCUGUAUGCUCUCGUUGGCUGGCCCUCGCUUCAUACUCGUCGCCAAACCCACUGGCUCCAGGUCAUCUACAAGACCCUGCUAGGUAAAGUCCCCCCUUAUUUCUGCUCGCUGGUUACCAUAGCAGCACCCACCUGUAGCACGCGCAGGUAUAUCUCUCUGGUCACCCCCAAAGCCAAUUACUCCUUUGGCAGCCUCCUUACAGUUCUCUACUGCCAAUGACUGGAACGAGCUACAAAAAUCUCUGAAACGGGAAACACUUAUCUCCCUCACUAGCUUUAAGCACCAGCUGUCAGAGCAGCUCACAUAUUACUGCACCUGUACAUAGCCCAUCUAUAAUAUAGCCCAAACAACUACCUCUUCCCCUACUGCAUUUAUUUAAUUAUUUUGCACCCCAUUAUUUCUAUUUCUACUUUGCACAUUCUUCCACUGCAAAUCUACGAUUCCAGUGUUUUACUUGCUAUAUUGUAUUUACUUCGUCACCAUGGCCUUUUUUUGCCUUUACCUCCCUUAUCUCACCUCAUUUGCUCACAUUGUACAUGGACUUAUUUUCUACUGUAUUAUUGACUGUAUGUUUGUUUUACUCCAUGUGUAACUCUGUGUUGUUGUAUGUGUCGAACUGCUUUGCUUUAUCUUGGCCAGGUCGCAAUUGUAAAUGAGAACUUGUUCUCAACUUGCCUACCUGGUUAAAUAAAGGUGAAAUAAAAUAAAAAAAAUAACAUUGAAGCUGUAACAAAAAGUAGCCUAAAAUGAGAAGAUAUUCAAUAAAACAUGAAUUGUGUUUCGUUUUAUGUGUUCCCAGACAGAAAAUGUGCAUCACCUCACCUAUUGCGAACAUGUCUCUGUCCUCAUAUAACCUGUCAAAUUAAAAGGACAUGCAUUGAAA